AAUGCAACCAGCGGGGAAGAAAGGCUGCGGAGCCCCUGUGUCCGACAGACCCGGAGUUGCACUGUAAGACACUGCGCCUAACAGGUCUCGGAUGUUAGCCUUUCUUCUGAGCCGUUGACAACAUCCAAUCUAGCCAGGUUUGACCAGGAGGCUGUCCCCCUUUGAAUUCGAUAUUCUUCGGUAUUCAUCUUGACGUCACCCCUUGAGAUUUGGAGAGAGGAUUUUUGACAUCCAGCUUGACUUCCAGUCCCUGACUACCUGAUCAGCCAGAAGGAGAGACCCCACCCUGUGCCCAUUCUUCCCUGCUGCUAGCUAGCACCAGCAUGGCAGACAGUCGAAAGCCAGAGGAUGGUGCCCCCCAGUGGGACCCAUCAGGGGGCCAGGAGGCCACCGGCAACCAUGGAGCCAAUGGCUACUCUGCCUCCACCUACAGGACCUGCCAGCCUGGUGGGACCCACAUGGCCCCAGGCUCCUUCUCCACCAGGGAGAAUGGUUUCAACGGGGAUCUAAGUGGUGCCCCCGCUAUAACCGCAGAACAAGUUUCAGCGCGGAUUGUGCAGGAAGUGACGGCGGAGGCCGUGGCCGUACUGAAGGGAGAGCAGGAGACUCAAAGGCUGCCAUCAGUUGAAGACACCACAAAUUUGCCCCCCUCUCCUCCCCCCUCACCUGCUGCCGAGCACUUUGGUCCUCUGGAACAAGAUGUAGGGGAUGAGGAGGAGGCGGGCCCUCUCCGCCGUUUCCAAAAUUCUCGGGAGAGGUGCAAGUUCCUCGCCCCCUCCAUCUCAGUUUCCGUGCCCGAGGACGACCCCUACCACUCCGACGAGGAGUACUAUGAGCACCCAUUGUUCAGCCCUGAGUGGACGCACUCGGGCUCUCGCCCCACAGGGCAGGCUGUGGCCUUUAGACAGAUCGAAGAAGAGACCAUGGAGGCUCUUACAGCUGAAUACGAGGAGGAGGAAGAGGAGGAGGAGAGUGCAGCAGAGUCCGAGGCAGCUCUUGAUGAGCAGCAGUGGAGCGGGGAAGAGCCCGAGCUGGACAGCCCCCAAGCUGAGCCUUUAGAGCAGGCAGAGGCCAUAGACGAUGCCCAGGAUGUAGACCUGGAGCCGGGCGAGGCAGCUAGUGCUGCUGCAGAGAGUUCUGUGGACAGAGAUGAGGAGGAAGCAGGGGGUUGGGAGAGCCCUGAGACAGCUUUAAAGAUGGACUCAGACAAACAGGGAAGCGAGAAAAGUGGUUCCAUGAGCCCGGACAGCAUCGGGUCGGAGAAACGUCCAGAGGAGUUUUUUGAGCCCCAGAUGCAAGGGUUCUUUGCUGGGGAACGAGUUGUACCAGAGAGCCCCACCAUGGAUAUGCCAUCCUUUGUACCUCCGAAUGUUCAAAUCCAAGCCAAAGAAUCUGCCAGCUCACACACACUUCAGCCUGCAUAUGGCGAGCCAAUCACAGUGUCAGAGAAACAGCCAUCAGUGGAGGUGGUGGAGAUCAGCAGCAUCGCUGCUCCCUCGGAUUUCUCAUCACUGGGAGACAAAAGUCAGGUAGAAGUCUCAACAAGGGACUCUGCAGACAGAUCUGGCAUGUCAGCAUAUUUUGAAACAUCAACUGUGGAGGUUGAGGAGUCUUCCCAAUGUAAGGCCGAGGGUUAUUAUGAACUGAGCAGAUCUGGUGAAGAGAAGAGUGCAGUUGACGACAGACCCCCGGAGAUCAGCUACAGCACGUUAGCUGAAGCGCAGGAUAAACCGGAAGCUAAGGAACGUCCAUCAGAAGACUCUAGACUGUUCAUAGCUCCUGACAAGAGUAAUGAAUGCAGACUUUCCCCCGGUAAACUGGCCUUAGAGCAGAGGAGCUACUCACUUAACAUUACCAUUGGAGCAACUGAUCCGAGCGGCCGGGGCAAACCUAGAAACUUCUCUCCACUGGCCACAGAUAUCAUGUCCUACACUAGUGGAAGUCUAGAUGAGGCAGCAGACUACCUCCCAGUCACUACACCCUCUGUGGAUAAGCCUCCACCCUUGCCUCCACUGAUAUUGGAGACAGCGGCUUCCAUCACUUCGGAUUCUUCAUCUCCUCCAAGGACCUCAGAACCAGUUUCAAUACCCAGCCCUGAACCGGAGUCCCCAGAAUCACCACAGUCCCUUAAGAGCAGCUUUAAAAAUGGCGCUGUCAUGUCGCAAGACUUGCCUGAGAUGCUGGAUCUUGCUGGUACCCGUUCCAGACUGGCAUCAGAAAACACUGACCUAGAAAUCACCAGAAGAAAGUCAAUUCAAGCUGAUUUUCAAGCCUUUGCCGAUGAUCCACUAGCAAGCAUGGUUUCAGGAGAAUUAAGUCCUAGUGCGAGAAAGAGUGAAAGCCAGCUAGAAGAAAUGGGCUAUUGUGUGUUCAGUGAAUACUCAGGACCAAUGCCAUCACCUGCAGAUCUGUUCGGCCCUACAAACUCUUCUGCACAGGCUUUCACCCACUCCGACCUGGAGGAAAAAGUGGCUGCGCAAGCUAGGAAGUUAGCAGUCAGAGACACAUCUAUGGAAGACGAGCACAAUACAUCAGGGAUGGCUGAUGACACUAAAGACAAAGACCAAAAGCAAGUAGAACGAGAAUAUUCUGCUGAAGAAAAGGGAAAAGAGGUUGCAGAUGAACAAUCAAAAAAAUCUGACACACCACCGGCUCAACCAAGUGAGUCCUUUGUGACACCGACGGUCACUGUUACUUUAGAAGAAGGCGGGAGGGCGGGGAGUGAGACUGGACGACAGGCCAGUGGCGAGGGUUCAGCCUCAGAAACCGAGAUCGCCGACUAUGAGAGGCAGAUACGUAAAUUAGAGAUGGAGGACAGGCCUCUUAGUAUGGAGGAGGAAAGGGAACUACAGGAGCUUCGAGAGAAAGUAAAGCUGGUCCACCAGGAGGCUUAUGAGGAAGUGGAUGCUGAAGAUGUGUACCAGCUGACUGGCGUGGCAAAGGACCGGAUUGCCAGGCCUGUCAAAACAUCACCUGCUUCUUCUGUGGAUAGCAACAUUGAUGACGACAAGCUUCUGUCUCCAGUGCUUUCACCAUCCAAACUCAAACAGAGAGAAGUGUAUGGGUCCCCUAAAAGAACAGCUUCACCUGUGUUAGGAAUAAACAAAGCGAAGGAGGAGACGGACAGAAAAAUGAAGGAAGAGCAAGAAAAGGAAGCUGCGGAAAAGAAAAUCAAAGAAGAGAAAGAAAAAGCAGAGAGGAUAAUCAGGGAAGAUGCUGAAAGGAAAGAGAAAGAAAUUAAAGAGAGAGAAGAAAAUGAAAAGAAAGACAAAGAAGAGUCAGAGAGGAUACUGAGGGAAGAAAAAGAAAGGAAGGAGAAAGAACAGAGAGAGCAGGAGAUGAAAGAAAAGGAGAAAGAAGAGAGGGAGAGGAAAGAGAGAGAAGAGAGGGAAAAGAUGGAGGAAGAUGAGAGAAAAAGGAAAGAGAAAGAGGAGAGAGAGAAAAAACAAAGAAUAGAGAAAGAGUUGAAAGAAAAGGAAGAGAAAGAAAAGAUAGAAAAGGAACUUAAAGACAAAGAAGAGAAAGAAAAGGUAGAGAAGGAACUUAAAGAGAAAGAAGAGAAAGAAAAGAUAGAGAAGGAACUUAAAGAGAAAGAAGAGAAAGAAAAGAUAGAGAAGGAAGAGAAAGACAAGAUAGAGAAGGAACUUAAAGAGAAAGAAGAGAAAGAAAAGAUAGAGAAGGAACUUAAAGAGAAAGAAGAGAAUGAAAAGAUAGAGAAGGAACUUAAAGAGAAAGAAGAGAGAGAGAAAAUGCUUGCAAUGGACAAGCCUGGUGAGAUAUCAAGACAGCCAGAGAUGCAAGCAGCCACACAGAAUGUGGAAAUAAAAGCUGUGGAUGAUAAAAAGGAGCAAAGGGAAGGGGAGGAAGACGAGUUGGAGAAAAUCGGUGCAGGGUCAGCUGUGGCAAAGGAGAUCCCAGAGACUCGUACUGCCAUCGAAUCAGUGGUGACAGUUGAAGAUGAUUUCAUCACCGUGGUCCAGACCAUCGACGAAGCAGAUGAGCCGGGACACAGCGUUCGUUUCUCUGGCCCCCCUGAAGCAGGAGCCUCAGAGGAAGAGGAAGAGUCUGUGGAGUUGGCCCAAGAAGCUGACCUGGAGGCGGCAAGUAUAGAGGAAGUGGAGGAUGUUCCUGAGACCCCGGCCUUCCCUGUGAAAGAGGCUCAAAGCAUUGACACCGAUGGACCCACAGAGAGCUACGAUAGAGAUGAAACCACAAUGGACGACUCCAUCCUGGACAGCUCCUGGAUUGACACUCAAGAUGAUGAUAAGAGUAUGGCGACAGAACAGUUUGAGCCUUUGCUGAGGGUGACAGACAAAAAGCCUGGUGUGGUCAAGGAGAAGCAGACUCAGAAAAAAGUGGAGAGACAGGAAAAGCCAAAGACCAAGGCCAGGCGGGCUAAAGGCCGAGUCUCGACACCAGAACGCAAGCUUGCCCACAAAGAGCCUAUCUACGUACCCAGAGAAGACAUCAAGAAGAAAAAAGCUGUGAUAAGGACCGAGUUUACAAAAAAAAUGCCGAGCCAGAGUCAAUCACCAUCCAAGAGGAGUGUGAUGAAGCCAGUCAUCCGCCAGACUCGCCCCACCCAGCAUCACUCCUGUCCCAGAAGGAGACCCACAGAGGCGCUACCAGACAGUCGUCAGCCUCUGAGUGUUGCCAGACAGUCUCGCAACAGAGCAUCGGGCCAUGCCCAUCGUUCUCCACUAACAAAGAUCCCCGCCUCCAUAUCCAGAGUGACCGCCUCAUUAGAUAGACCUCGCCCAUCCUCAGCAGAGCCCACAGUAAUACAGAGACUCAUAGCAGAGGACGGUGGGUCAUGGAGCCCUAAAAAGAGGUCCUCUGUGCCGCGGCAUGCCUCCAUUCUGAGUCACCGUGCACACCAUGAACACGAGGAGAGCUCCACCUCAAUCACCAGCUCCGGCUCCACGGCUCCUCGCAGACCCACAUCGUUUCAAACAGAGAUGAGGGCGGAGCACAGGACAGGACGGGCCCCUAGCAUGACAGAUUCAGUGCGCUCCCGAUCAGCUCGCAGUGGCCACUCCACCCCUCGCACCCCCGGCUCCACAGCCAUCACCCCAGGAACCCCUCCCAGCUACUCAUCAUCCUCAAGGACCCCGCGCUCCCUCAGCCUGAUUUCCGGGGAGAGGAAGGUUGCUGUGGUCCGCACCCCACCCAAGUCCCCAGCUACCACGCCCAAACAGCUCCGCAUCAUCAACCAGCCUCUGCCGGACUUCAAGAACAUCAAGUCCAAGGUCGGCUCCACAGAGAACAUCAAAUACCAGCCCAAAGGAGGACAGAAGAACACGGAGCAAAAUAUCCUCACAGAGGCCAAACACAGGGUCUCUUGGAUCUGGAAGUCAGUGCUGCGCCUCAUCUCCCUCACUCUGUGCCUGACAGCGGCGCACAGUGUGACCUGGACCAAAGACCUGCUGAGUCAUAUUUUAAACAAGAAGCCGGACCACACUCACAUAGAGACAAAAUGCAGCUCCAAGGAUAAUCUGAAGCACUCUCCCCGUGGAGGCAAUGUUCUCAUCCCCAAUGUUAAGCUGGACUAUAGCCAUGUUCAGUCUAGGUGUGGGUCCUUGGACAGGCGGGGCUACUCGGCAAGAGGUGGAAAUGUGAUGAUACAGAACAAGAAGAUAGACCUGAGCCACGUGACCUCCAAGUGUGGCUCACUAGACAACAUCCAUCAUCGGCCAGGGGGCGGUCAUGUGCGUAUUGAAACAGUGAGGUUGGACUUCAAAGACAAAGCCCAAGCAAAGGUGGGUUCCCUGGAUAAUGCUCAACACACUCCUGGUGGAAGCCGUCUCCCGAUUGAGAGCCAGAAGCUGAUGUUUCGCGACCAAGCCAAGGCCCGGGUGGACCACGGUGCUGACAUCGUGGUCCGGUCGCCGGACCUGUCCGGCUUGGUGUCCCCGCAGCGCCACCGGGACAGCCAGCUCUCGUCCUCCGGCAGCCUCAACGUGCUGGAGUCUCCGCAGUUAGCGACGCUGGCUGAGGACGUCACUGCGGCUCUGGCAAAGCAGGGUUUGUGAACACUGGAUCUCUGGAUGUCUGCUCUGCAACCCGGGCAUCUUCACCACGAUCCAUAGAAACUUUUCUGCCCACUCCUGCCACCCUGAAGUCAACUUCAGCUAGACGACAGCCUCUAAACAUCUCAACUUCAACAUCCAUUAUUCAACUUUAAGUAGAGACUCGAAUUAGGAGCUACUGUACUUUGGUCUUCUUUAUUUCACAAAUAUUUGCUGUUUCUGAUUCAUUAUGUUGGCCUCUCUCUUUUUGAAUGAUGUUGCAUAGAAUAGUUCAGUGUGAGCACUGGUCCUACAUUAAGUGGUAAGUGGGGGACCAGGCUUUUGCUUUACUGGUCCUGGAUCAGUGUUUUUAAGAAGUUACAGCCUUUUUUUCUACAUUAAAUAAGAAGUAGUGUGGCCAGCACACCGUGCAGCACGCGUUGUUCUUGCUCAGUUCACGUGCAUGGACGCCAAACCCCCUAACAAACCAAGCAUCCUUACUGCAAGUCAUUCGUGUCCACCAAUAUAUAUAAUAUUUAACAAAUAUAUAUAGAAAAAUGUAUAAAAAUAAAAGUUCUUUGCCAUCCACAUGUCCUAAAACAUUUUAAAAGGAAUGACAAUAUGGCUAUAAAAUAAACCUGUAAAAUUGCAUUACGGCAAGAACUAGGUCAUGUUAUGGCAAGCAUGUAUUGAUUCUAAUAUGAAAAGAGGGUAUUUUGUAACCAAAAAAAUGAUUUUAGUAAGUUAUUUGCUCAAUUAUUGGAUAAAGAUUAAACAAGUUCAUGUUUUGUAGUUAUUAGUUGUUUACGGUGUAAUGCUUGGUGACGAUGUUGGACGGCUGGUUUGGUGUUACUGAGGAAUGCAUCUCAGUCCUGUUGAAGAGCAUCACACACGUGUACCUGCUCAGUAGUUAAUAGGUGCCUGUUCAUACAUCAGAACAUUAGUAAACUGGAGAUUACUCCGCUAACGACAGCUAAAAUGAUUAGCUGCAGAGGUUGAGCUUGCGUGAAUGAACAGUACAGACAUUUCUACGCAGGUGGAGGUUGCACCAUGAGGACGGGCUGGUGUCUGGUUCUCAGAGGAUGACGCUACAAAUGCGACCCGAGAUUGAGCAGAAGUUACAGCCACUCUGAAAUCUGUCUGUGUGCACGUUUGGUGCAGAUCCCAUGCCAUUUUACAACGUACGCUAAUGUAUCUGGAUGUUUUGUUGCAAUACUGUACGUGAGAGAUGAAAGCGGAAGAAAAAAUAUUUUGAAAAAUCCAUUAAAAAGACAAUUCAUGAAGAAAAAUAAAGCGACCGAGGGAACUCGUAUCAUGUUACAUCUGUUAGGAUAAAAGUGUUUGGGUGAUCUAGUUUCUUUUUCAGACACCAUUUGUGGUAUAUCCUGCCUCCUGCCUAAUAUCUGCCCUCAGCUGCAACUGUUUGUUUGCUUCUGUGUAUUUUCUGCAUACACCAUCUCCGUGUGCCCCUUUCCCACCUCCUGCUCCACCCUACAGCAACUGUAAAUGUAUUUAAAAGGUCAAGUAGAUGUACGCAGUUUUUCUCUUGUUGAUAUGACACCAAUUACAAUAAUUAAUGACAAU